AUGACGACACCGCCGCAGCCAGCACCGAGCCCCAAGUCGCCGCCGAGGUACCCGGACUUCUGCGGGAGACACCGGCUGCAAGCGGAGGUGCAGAUCUUGAACCGGGAGAUCGGAUUCCUCGAGGUAAUGGCCAAGAUCUUAAAUUUUCCCGCUGCAUCUCCCUCCCGCGAUAGGAGCUUCGUCUCGCCUUCUUCUUUUGCCUCUUAUUUGUCAGCCUUCUUUCUGAGGCGACCAUGAUUCAGGGGAAGGCCGCCGUCUGCCUUUUCCGGUAAUGGCGCCCGAUGACCGUCGCGAGCAUACCCAGACCUCCCGGUCAGGUGAACUCUUCUCUGCCAAGGUUCUCUGGAGAGGCUCUCCGAGCAUCCCCAGUAAAGUUGACGGGGGGGGAGGGGGAUCAUCCGCUGGCGGGGUGUCGGGACUCGUUCCCUCCCGCUUCUGGAAAUAGGGUUUCUCAGUCACUGUCCGCUGCUCUGGACGACGGACACACCCGUAGUUACCUUGGCCUUUACUACGCCUGAAGAAUCCCUACAGAGAGAGGGAAACAAGGGGGAGCUCCCUGGGAGUGGGUGGGGGGAUGGCCAUAGCUUGAAGUGUGGAAACCUCCCCGGGUCUCGUGGUUGCAGAGACCCGGAAAGGCCGAAGCACGAGCAGUGGACAAUCUCCGGUGCCCUUGUGAGCUUCUCGAUUUGGAAAAGACGUUUGCCCUUCGAGGAGGAGUUAUUCCUUUCGCAGGAUUGCCCUGACAUUGAUGUAUCAGAAUAGCAUGAUCCUGGCAAUUUGUCUCUAUUCCAUGUUUUGACGCAGAAGAAAACCCUACUGUUCAUCAACAUGAAGUAAGAUUGCGGCAAACAGCGACAGGUGUGGGAAUCACCUCGAUAUUCCGCCAUUGAACGACCCAGCAGCCUAUUCGACUGGUGUCCACAGGUUUUUCUUUUUUCGGGUGGGGAAGGACGGGUAGUAAGAGAAAGAACAGUAGAAGAGGAGUGAGGAAACCCUGAUCCACCAUGAAGCGGGAACAAUGUCUUCUAUGGCUUCAGAUUAAGAGGACGACAUCACCCCAUUGUUUACUCUUCUGGAUGGGAGACCUGCUCGUUACCCAGUUUCUUGGGAGAACAGGAACGCUGCUGCUGCUGGUCUCCGAAAAGAUCCGAUUGUCACCGUCAGAUCUUCCCCCGUUCCUCCUCUUCCAGAUGUGUCCACAGAGUAGCCGAGUUAAAUGGUCUCCAGACUACCCUUCGCGCUGUUGCGCAUCGACUGAGUCUGCACUGUCCCAUUGGGUUUGCCUUUCGUUCUUCGAUUCUCUAGAUUUUUCUGGGAAAAUAUUCAUAGCCGGCAUCUUCAUGCAGAUGAAAUGUUUGGGAUAUGAUGUCCACCCCAAGUCAACUAUCUCCACCACAAUCUAUGCACCCAUUGUCAGCCAUCAGAAUCUUGACCAGAUUUCAUUCAGAUAUUUGAUAUUUCUAUGUUUUCAGAGCUUUUAGCUCUAUAUUUGCCAUUCAGUGAGGCACAUGCGGAGAGGAAAGACUCCAAGAUCUUCAGGUCGUCGAACAACUUGUGAUGUGCGUUCCUCUUUAGCUGCCCUGCUCCUGUUCAUGGAGGAAGCAGCUCAAAGAUUGUGAAAACUUGGACCCAAAGUCAUGGUUUGAGCAGAGGUUGGCCAAAAUCUAGAAUCAGGGUCGUCAAAAUCCAUCUGAGUAAAGGAUUUGUCUGGUGGGCAUAGUUCAUAAUCUCUCUUUCUCAUUAUCCAAACAAAGAAAAUAUAAUUUCUCUGAUGCGAUCUAGUCGUUCUUUUGACCUAAAUAUUUCUACGAUUGCUUCUUUUUUUAAUAUUUUUUUCCUGGAAAUUAGAGUCUACAUUUUAAUUUCUGAGGCUUGAACGUCGUCCAGGAGGAGUUGCAGUCGCUUGAUGACCUCCAGCCUGCUUCGAGAUCCUGCAAAGAGUAUGCUUCUUGCCUCGUAUAUCCGAACACUUCACCUCAUUCAUCGGAAAACUAGGAAGUUCUGCUUAUGUACAUAUAUAUCUCUGUACACACACACAUAUUAGAAAUGGAGUGUGAUUGUGAUAUCUCUGACAGGGUCAACGAGUUUGUGGGAGCAAAUCCAGAUCCGUUGAUACCCAUGUGAGCUUCUUCGCCUUCGGCCCUCUUGUUUUCCUGAAGAUUUUGAACUCUUCCGAUUUCUCACAGUACAUUUCUCCGACAGAAAUCGUGGGAAGAGCGAGUCCUGCUGCAUCUGGAGAUGGUUUGGGUACCUCUCUCUCUCUCUCUCUCUCUCUCUCUCUCUCUCUCUCUGUGAGAUUGCCAGAUGAGAGGAUCUUCUGCGACCUGGACAGGAAGAAGCUCUGCGCGGGUCUCUCGUGGAUCUGCUGCUGCGGGCGCUCGUCCAAGGCGAAGGGGUCGAGCUGCUCCUGUGCUCCGCCAAAGGACGGGGCGUCGUGCGGCGGCUGGUGCUCCACCUGUGCACGCCCCGAGGACUGCUGCAGCUGCUGCUCCUGCUCCUGCACCCUACCAAAGGAGGACUGCUGUUGCGGCAUCUGCUGCGCGUGCGGCGAGGCCUGCCGCCGCUUCUGGUCCUGCGCGCCGCUCAGGCGCUGGAGCUGCUGUGGCCUGCGGCAGUGCCGCUGCCGCUGCCGGCGGUGGUGCCUCUGCCGAUCCUUCCCCAGCUGCCGCCCCUGCCCGGAGUACUCAUGCGGCUGCGUGUGGUCCUGCCCCAGCUGCAACGGGAUCCGCCUCUGCGCGAGAUUCUCCAAACCCUGCUGCGUCAGUCGCUGCCUCUGCCCGUGA